AUGGAGGCGAACGGGGUGCGCCGCCGGCGCCGCCGCGAGGUGCGGCGCCGCGUGGGGAUCAUGGAGGACGCGCCGUUUUCGGUGGCGGCUGCUUGCCCGCCGCCCUCUCCGUCUCCAGCCCCUGCCGCGACAGGGCUUUCGCCCUGCCCUCCGCCGUCGCCUGGCUGGAGCGACGGUGACCAGGCAGCGGGCCCGACGAAGCGCAUCUCGCUGUCGGACCCAGGGCCGCUGCAGAAGGUGUGCUGCUGCAUCCCGGGGCUCAUGAUCUUCCCCCCCAUGCUGGCCAUCGUGUUCUGCUCCAUCUUCGCGCAUGACGUCAUGGUGUGGAUCGCCGCCGUGCUGUCUGUCUGGACGGUCAUCUACACCGGAAACUUGGCGAUCUCGGCUGCCUUCGGGGCGUGGAGGAUGCGCCACGAUGUCAGCGUUGAUUGGCAGGCCAAGCUUGAGAAGGUGGUGGAGGAGGCCCCAGAGAGCAGCGCUUUCAUGCACAUCGUUUUCCUGCCGAAUUACAGGGAGGACGAGGGCAUGAUGCUGCAAACCCUGCAGAACCUCGGGCGAUCUGCCCUGGCCCGCGAACACGUAUACGUGGUUCUCUGCAUGGAGGGCAGGGAGGGCGAGAUUGCGCGUCGGAAAGCAGCGAAUCUGAUCGACGCUUCCCGCCACCUGUUCGCGGACAUCAGCGCUACUUUUCACCCAGAGAAUUGUCCAGGCGAUGUCGCGGGCAAGUCGUCCAAUCAACAGUGGGCCUACAGGCAGGUUUUGCAGAGGCUGGCUCCGCAGCUGAGCAGAUAUGAUGCCUCGCAGAUUUUCCUCACUGUCUCCGACGCAGACAGCCUCGUCCAUCCGCAGUACUUCAGCGCAAUGACCUACCAGGGUCUGACCAUGUCGGCCUACGAGCGCGCUUGGUCGAUCUGGCAGGCGCCAAUCCUGCUGUUACGCAACCUUUUCUCUUCGCCAGCCCCCACUCGCUUGUCCGGCUACGCCACCAUCGUCUUCGAGCUCGCGGGCCUGGCGAACCAGAAGUUGUCGCCGCAUUUUAGCUACUCGACAUACUCCUUCACGCUCGCUAUGGGCUCGCACCGUUUUGUUGAUGGCUGGGACAGGGACGUGAUAGCAGAGGAUCACCACAUGUUCUGCAAGUGUUACUUCGCGUCUAUCUGGGAACAGCUGGAGGCCCUGACGUCAGGAAGCAGUCAGCAGCAGUGUGCCGCGGAGGGUGCGGCGUCUCACCUGCGGCUGCGUCCCGUGUUUCUGCCAGCGAUAUCCUAUUCCAGACUCGGACGGCGGCUGGUUCGCCUCGGUCCACGCCAGGUUCGUGCAGGCGCGGCGGCACUCCCAGGGCCUGGCAGAGCUGUCCUACGUCUUCCUGCAGCACGCGCGCCUGCUGAUGUCGGGUGGCUCGAGGCACAUCGCGACGGCCACCCAUGCCAGGAUCUUGGGCGUCGCAGGGAAGAUGGCGAGCGUGCACAUUCUCCCCAACAUGCACUCCCUUUCCCCAGUCAUCUUGACUACCAUGUUGGUGGUGCUGGAAACCUUGCGGUGGCUCGUGUCCCAAAGCCCUCAGGAUCUUCUCUCACUUGUGCCCGCCUACGGCACAGAGGGGGCGUGGAGCAUGCAGAGUUUCGCGGGGGUCAAGUGGGCCUUGUUUGCAAUUUUCGGUCCAGUCCCACCUUUGAGCAUGCUGAUGUCGUCGACGACGUACAUUGUUGUGAAGGACGCGCUAGAGGGCAAAGUCUCGCGAGACCCCGCCAACCCCAAAGAGCUGCCAAGCCUGCAAGGCUCGGUCAAGGGUGGCAUGAGCUCGUGGCAGAAGCUCAAGCUUUAUCUCAUGGUCCAGAACGACUAUUUGGGCGGCGCGUUCAUCACUCUGUUCGCCUACGGCCUGGUGCCUGCGACGAUGGCCGCGUGGUCACUGAUGACGAAGAACGGUAG